AACACUCCUCAACGAUUUCCUAUAAUCAUCAAUCUCUCUCUCUCUCUCUCUCUAUCUCUAUUUCCUUAUUCCUUAAAACUAAGGUCGUGUUUAGUUCAUCAUUAAAACAUGGACACACCCAAUGGCAACCUCGUAAAUCACGAAUCCACUUUUUGCUUGACUACCAGUGCUGCUAAUGGUGUUGUUGCUCCUCAUGACCCACUCAAUUGGGGUGCAGCUGCUGAGUCACUCAAGGGGAGUCACUUGGAUGAGGUGAAGCGCAUGGUGGCGGAGUACCGGAAGCCGGUGGUCCGUCUCGGCGGCGAGACACUCACGAUCUCACAGGUUGCUGCCAUCGCCACCCACGACCAUGGCGUCAAGGUGGAGCUAUCAGAGUCUUCCAGGGCUGGUGUUAAGGCAAGCAGUGACUGGGUCAUGGAUAGCAUGAACAAUGGCACUGACAGUUACGGUGUCACCACUGGCUUCGGUGCUACCUCUCACCGGAGAACAAAACAAGGCGGUGCCUUACAGAAGGAGUUAAUUAGGUUUUUGAACGCUGGAAUAUUUGGCAAUGGUACAGAGUCCAAUUGUACCUUACCACACACAGCAACUAGAGCAGCAAUGCUAGUGAGAAUUAAUACUCUUCUUCAAGGGUAUUCAGGCAUAAGGUUUGAAAUUUUAGAAGCUAUAACCAAGCUUCUAAACAACAACAUUACACCAUGCUUGCCACUUCGGGGUACAAUUACAGCUUCUGGUGAUCUUGUUCCCCUUUCUUACAUUGCUGGUUUGUUAACUGGCCGACCCAAUUCCAAGGCUGUUGGACCCUCUGGAGAGAUUCUUAAUGCCAAGGAAGCUUUUCAAUUUGCAAGCAUUGGUUCUGAGUUCUUUGAAUUGCAACCAAAGGAAGGUCUUGCCCUUGUAAAUGGCACUGCUGUUGGUUCUGGCCUAGCUUCUAUUGUUCUCUUUGAUGCAAAUGUACUAGCUGUUUUGUCUGAAGUUUUGUCAGCAAUUUUUGCUGAAGUGAUGCAAGGGAAGCCUGAGUUCACUGACCAUUUGACUCAUAAGCUAAAACACCACCCUGGUCAAAUUGAGGCUGCUGCUAUUAUGGAACACAUUUUGGAUGGAAGCUCUUAUAUGAAAGCAGCUAAGAAGUUGCAUGAGAUGGAUCCUUUGCAAAAGCCUAAACAAGAUCGCUAUGCACUUCGAACUUCACCUCAGUGGCUUGGUCCUCUUAUUGAAGUGAUUAGAUUCUCUACCAAGUCAAUUGAGAGAGAGAUUAACUCUGUCAACGACAAUCCUUUGAUUGAUGUUUCAAGGAACAUGGCCUUGCAUGGUGGUAACUUUCAGGGAACCCCUAUUGGUGUCUCAAUGGAUAAUACCCGUUUGGCUAUUGCAUCAAUUGGAAAACUCAUGUUUGCUCAAUUCUCUGAGCUUGUCAAUGAUUUUUACAACAAUGGGUUGCCUUCAAAUCUCUCUGCUAGUAGGAAUCCAAGCUUGGAUUAUGGUUUCAAGGGAGCUGAAAUUGCCAUGGCAUCUUAUUGCUCUGAGCUCCAAUAUCUUGCUAACCCUGUAACAACCCAUGUCCAAAGUGCUGAGCAGCACAACCAGGAUGUGAACUCUUUGGGUUUGAUUUCAUCUAGAAAAACAAACGAGGCUAUUGAGAUCCUGAAGCUUAUGUCUUCCACUUUCUUGAUUGCACUAUGCCAAGCAAUUGAUUUGAGGCAUUUGGAGGAGAAUUUGAAGAACACUGUCAAGAACACUGUGAGCCAAGUUGCUAAGAGGACUCUUACCACAGGUGUCAAUGGAGAACUCCAUCCUUCCAGAUUUUGUGAGAAAGAUUUGCUGAAAGUUGUUGACAGGGAGUAUAUAUUUGCCUACAUUGAUGACCCCUGCCUUGCUACAUACCCAUUGAUGCAAAAACUAAGGGAAGUGCUUGUGGAUCAUGCAUUAGCCAAUGCAGAAGGUGAGAAGAACUUGAACACAUCAAUCUUUCAAAAGAUUGCAACAUUUGAGGAUGAGUUGCAAACUCUCUUGCCAAAGGAGGUUGAAAGUGCAAGGCUUGCUUAUGAGAAUGGCCAAUGUUCAAUUCCAAACAAGAUUAAGGAAUGUAGGUCCUACCCAUUGUACAAGUUUGUGAGAGCAGAGUUAGGGACAGCAUUGCUAACCGGAGAAAAGGUCAUAUCACCAGGUGAGGAGUGUGACAAAGUGUUCACAGCAAUAUGCCAGGGUAAAAUUAUUGAUCCUCUUUUGGAAUGUCUUGGAGAGUGGAAUGGUGCUCCUCUUCCAAUUUGUUAGUUCAACCCGUUUCUUUGAGAAGUGUUUUCUUUUUCUUUUUCUUUCUAUAUAUGUAUUUGUAUUGAUAAACAUUUGGUUUGUCUAUAAGCCUAUGGCAAAUCAAUCUAGACUUGUAAUUGAUAUUGUAAUAGAAUGUCAUUUGUUUGUCAUAGUUCUGGGUGCAAAUAUAAUAC